UACAAUCUGUGUCUUCUCCUUUACCUGUCAGAUUGUGCUGCUGAUGGAAAUGGAUACUUCAUGUAUGCUGACUUCUGGUGUGCAGUGUACUCCAGAGAGCAGGCGCAGGUGGAGUAUCUGGUCGACUGGUAUUUUAACAAAGAGUUUAUGAUGCAGUAUAACAGCACGGUCGGGAACUGGACGGGCUUCACUCCAGCUGGAUUAAUCACUGCAUCAAUGUCAAAUGGGGACAAGUACGACAUUCUACAGAGAAAAAUUGAGAGGCAGCUUAUUUGUGUCAACAACGUUGGUUUGGUUUUGAACAUAACUGAGGAAAACAGGGCUGAACCCAGUGUUACUCUUGUAGAGACCACCAGCUCCAGUCAUGAAACCAUGCUGGUGUGCAGUGCUUACGACUUCUACCCUAAAUAUAUCAAGGUUGCAUGGCACCAGAAUGGACAGGAAGUGACCUCGGGCGUGACAGUAAGCGAUGUAAUGACAAACGGAGACUGGACCUAUCAGGUCCACUCUUACUUGGAGUACACACCUGGCCGGCAGGACAGGGUCAGCUGUGUAGUGGAGCACGCCAGCCUCAGCGAGCCCAAGAUAUUAGACUGGGACCCUUCCUUGAAUCACUCUGAGAGGAGCUACCUGAUUGGUGGAGUUUGUGCUCUGCUGUUGGGAGCAGUGUUUCUGUCCUUGGGACUGAUCCAGUACAAGCGGAAAAGCUGUGAUCCACGAUUUUCAAACACUUUAUAAUUAUUUUUUAAAAUGUAUUUCUUUUUACCUGAUAACCUCUUUUUUUAUAAAAUAAAGCUUUAUUUAUGAAGCAUAUUUCACACAAAAAGAUGCAACACAAUAUGCUGUGGGAGUAAUUUGAAAAUGAUCAGAAGCACCUUGAAAUCAGUUGCAUAGCUUACAGGCCCAUGGUGAGAUUUUGGGGGGGAAUUGUGUAAUUAAAUUACAAUUAGGCUAACUAAGAAAAUGUUCAUGAUUACAUUGUAGAUUACAUUUGAUACAUUUCUGAAAAAAGCUAGGCUAUGUUAAUAUUCAUUUUGUUGCUUUACCUGUUUUUCAUGUGCACAAUGUCUUCUCCAGUUAAGCCGUUUAAUAAAGUUUGAUGCUAUUCUGAU